AUGGAGGAGCGGGAGCGGGGGGCGAGGUCGGCUCGCGCCGGGAGCCCCGCGCGCCCGCCCAGCCCGCGGCUGGAUGUCAGCUCUGACAGCUUCGACCCGCUGCUGGCCCUGUACACGCCCCGCCUGCCUCCCAUCCCCUACCCCAACGCCCCCUGCUUCAACAACCUGGCAGAGUACGAAAGUGGGGCCGGCCGGCGGUGCGGAAGCGGGCGGCCGAGCGGACGUUUGCCGGCGGCAGGGGCUUGGCGUGGCUCUGCGCCUAUUGGGAGAGGGUCAGCGACCGUGGGAAGGAUCUGCGGAAGUAAUGCGGGUGAUAAGGGCGUGAGUAACCCGGGGUCUGCAGGAGCAGUAGGGCAGACAGGUGAGGCUGUGUUGGUGGUCCAGGCUGCUAAUUCUGGGAAUGAGGGAAGAUGUUUAUGCAGUGCUGAUCGUCCUUUUCUUGUUUUAGUGCACGAAGGGAGCCCGCUGGGUGAACUCCAUCGAUGUAUCCGGGAGGGGGUGAAAGUGAAUGUUCACAUCCGCACUUUCAAGGGACUUCGCGGUGUCUGUACAGGCUUCCUCGUUGCAUUUGACAAGUUCUGGAAUAUGGCACUUACUGAUGUGGACGAGACCUAUCGAAAACCUGUUCUAGGCAAAGCAUAUGAACGGGAUUCUUCAUUGACUCUCACUAGGCUAUUUGAUCGUCUGAAACUUCAGGAUUCCUCCAAGAAGGAAGCAGAUUCUAAGUCUGCAGUUGAAGACUCCACUCUCUCCAGAUACUCCCAGACAUCCACAUGGAAGGUCGCUUCAGUGUGGGGAAGAGAAGACACUGACCGGGGCUCACGCAAACGUUCCCGCUCUGUCCCUUCCUCCCUGCAGGCCUCUGCAAGGGAAGAGUCCAGGUCAGAGCUGUCAGGGAGGACUACACGGACAGAAGGGUCCAGUAUGGGAGGUACCUUUUCCAGGGCUACCACCCUUUCCAGGGGCCAGACUCGUAAGAAAAAACGAAAGCCCAAAGUGGAUUACCAGCAGGUAUUCACUCGACACAUAAAUCAAAUUUUCAUUCGAGGUGAGAAUGUCCUGCUGGUUCAUCUUGCACAGUGACCAGCUCAGCCUCACUUGAGCUUUGGAUUUUAGAUAUAAAGUGCAUGAAUUGCUGCUAUGCUGUAUCCUAGUAACCCAAUGAAACUGAUUUGGAAUGAUUCCCUCUGGUUCUGCAUGUGCAGAGGACAGAGCAGGC